AUGCAGUCUGCGGCGUCGGGGAAUUCUUCGCUCCCGUCGUCCCAGAUGGCUUCCGGCCCGCCGAUCCUGGCCCAGGCAUCUCUAACCGGUGGGGCUCCUCUAGGAUUCCAUGCUCAGCCAUACAACAUCUUGGAACAGGCGACGAUGCUCACUGCAAUGCAAAAGCUUCAACAGCUUCAACAGAACCCGGCCGCCGUUCCUGGAGUCAUCUACUCAAGCAGCAAUCCUAUCAAUCCGCUUCAGACGCUCUCCACCGCAUCGCCAUCAACCUCUGCCACACCGUUGGUGGUCCCAUUACCAACACAGGCAGCUGCUAUUAAUAAUGCUCCGCCACAAGAUUAUAACGGCAUAGCCGCCCUCGCUGAUCUUGCUCAUCGAGAAUAUCAAGCCGGCGAUUACACGAGCGCCGAACGCCAUUGUCACAUAAUUGUCCAAGAAGACCCGAAUAAUGUGCCGGUCCUACUACUUCUCUCCUCGAUCCAUUUUCAGAUGAAGAACCUCGACAAGUCGAUGAAGUAUUCUUCGAUGGCGAUCCGGCUAAAUCAGCACUGUGCGGAGGCUUAUUCAAACCUGGGAAACGUUUUUAAGGAACGAGGACAGCUUCAAGAAGCGCUGGACAAUUACCGCCAUGCAGUUCGGCUGAAGCCGGAAUUCAUCGAUGGAUACAUCAAUCUGGCUUCGGCUCUGGUGGCAAGCGGUGACUUGGACCAAGCUGUCACUGCUUAUUGUAGUGCUUUGCAACACAAUCCGGAUCUCUACUGCGUUCGUAGUGAUCUUGGCAAUCUAUUGAAAGCGAUGGGUCGACUCGAGGAAGCAAAAUCUUGUUACCUACGAGCCAUCGAGACACAGCCCCAAUUUGCUGUCGCUUGGUCGAAUUUGGGCUGCAUCUUUAAUUUCCAGGGGGAACUCUGGCUGGCAAUCCAUCAUUUUGAAAAAGCCGUACAGUUGGAUCCGAAUUUUUUGGAUGCCUAUAUCAACCUUGGAAACGUUUUGAAGGAAGCGAGGAUUUUUGAUCGUGCUGUUGCUGCCUACCUUCGGGCUUUAAAUCUGGCCAAUAACCACGCAAUUGUACAUGGAAAUUUGGCAUGUGUCUACUACGAGCAAGGGCUAAUCGACUUGGCGAUCGACACCUACCGACGGGCUAUCGAACUUCAGCCAAAUUUCCCAGACGCGUAUUGCAACUUGGCAAAUGCGUUAAAAGAAAAAGGAUAUGUUGACGAGGCGGAAAAGAAUUAUCUCACAGCUCUUCAGUUGUGCCCGACUCAUGCCGAUUCCCAGAAUAACUUGGCGAAUAUCAAAAGGGAACAAGGCAAAAUCGAAGAAGCGACGAGGCUUUAUUUGAAAGCCCUGGAGAUCUACCCCGAAUUCGCUGCCGCGCACAGCAACUUGGCUUCCAUUCUGCAGCAGCAAGGCAAGCUUCAGGAAGCGUUGCUGCAUUAUAAGGAAGCCAUUCGGAUCGCGCCAACAUUUGCCGAUGCCUAUUCGAAUAUGGGAAAUACCUUGAAGGAAAUGGGGGAUGUGGUAAACGCACUCCAAUGCUAUACGCGAGCGAUCCAAAUCAACCCUGCUUUUGCCGAUGCUCAUUCGAACCUUGCCAGCAUUCACAAGGACUCCGGAAAUGUUCCCGAGGCCAUUCAAUGUUAUACCACCGCCCUGAAGCUGAAGCCAGAUUUCCCCGAUGCUUUCUGCAACCUUGCCCACUGCCUACAAAUAAUUUGUGAUUGGACAGACUACGAUAACCGAAUGAAACGGUUAGUUUCGAUCGUUGAGGAACAACUCCAGAAGAAGCGUUUGCCCUCGGUUCAUCCUCACCAUUCGAUGCUAUACCCACUGUCCCAUCAGGCCCGUAUCGACAUUGCGGCGAAGCAUGCUCUUUUGUGUAUGGAGAAGGUGGCAAUGAUUGGUCGAGCCCAGUUCCAACAUCCGCCGGAAAGGAGGGAAGUAAAACCUGGACAACGUCUGCGGAUUGGCUACGUGUCCAGCGAUUUCGGCAACCAUCCCACCAGCCACCUAAUGCAAUCGAUCCCAGGAAUGCAUAAUAGGGACAAUGUUGAGAUUUUCUGCUACGCCCUUUCUCCAAAUGAUGGAACUAAUUUCCGACAAAAGUUGAUUGAAGAAUCCGAGCACUUCAUAGAUCUAUCGGGGGUGGCGUGUAAUGGACGAGCUGCCGAUCGAAUCUAUGAGGAUAAUAUCCAUAUCCUCGUCAAUAUGAACGGAUACACGAAAGGAGCUCGUAACGAAAUCUUUGCUCUACGGCCAGCCCCGGUCCAGGUUAUGUGGCUCGGUUAUCCUGGAACCUCGGGAGCGCCCUUUAUGGAUUAUAUCAUCACUGACCAAGUCACAUCACCGGUACGAUUAGCACAUUCGUAUACCGAAAAAUUCGCCUAUAUGCCACAUACAUUCUUUAUCGGUGACCAUGCGCAAAUGCUAAAACAUCUAACGGAGCGCCUUAUCGUGAAAGAGAAAAGCGACAAGUUUGAAAAAGACAAUUUGACUGUGGUCAAUGCUACUGCCCAUAACCUAGAACCAUUGCUCAAUAAAGUGGAAGUGAAGGAACAAACUCACGUGGUCGAGGUUGUUCACGGCCCGGAUAAGGAGCUGAUCAAGACCGAGGUGGUAGUACCGGUUGUGGAGGUUCCAACCACCGAGCCUCUGAAGCAAAUGAUCGGCCAAGGCAUAAACUUUUCGGUCGUUGAAGGAAUUCCUGUGCAGAAUGGAGUUGCCCCGCCGCAUACGAAGGCUGCCACUGGCGAAGAAGUACCUCAAGCUAUCAUGGUAACAAGCCGCCAACAAUACAACUUGCCGGAAGAUGCGAUCGUCUACUGCAACUUCAAUCAAUUGUACAAAAUAGAUCCUUCAACGCUUGAUAUGUGGAUAGAGAUCUUGAAAAAGGUGCCCAAUUCCAUUCUUUGGCUGCUGCGCUUCCCCUACCAUGGCGAGCCAAAUGUGCUAAAGUAUUGCACGGAUCGGGGAAUCGAGCAAAAGCGCAUCGUAUUCAGCAAUGUGGCCGCCAAGGAAGAGCAUGUGCGUCGCGGACAACUUGCCGAUGUCUGUUUGGAUACGCCGUUAUGCAAUGGACAUACUACAGGCAUGGAUAUCCUCUGGACUGGAACACCAAUGAUCACGAUGCCUCUGGAAACUUUGGCUUCACGAGUCGCUUCAUCACAACUAUGUGCUCUUGGCGUGCCCGAAUUGGUCGCGAAGGAUCGAGCCCACUAUGUGGAUAUUGCUGUCCAGUUGGGAUGUAACAGGAAAUACCUCGCUAUGCUGCGGACGAAGGUUUGGAAGGCGCGGACCACAUCUACACUUUUCGACGUUAGACAAUACUGCAUGGACCUUGAAUCGCUUUACAAAGUCAUGUGGCAGCGGACGGAGCGCGGCGGACCUAUCGACCACAUUACAGAUUUGACCGCACAACCAAUUGAUAUU